CCGUGUUAUGAUUGUCCACUUCCUACUUAGUGCGCGAUCGAUAAACUGCAAAGAGCGUGUUCAUACCGGAUUACAAUGGGAAAAAGUAGGACAUUUAACAGAAAUACGACAUGCUGUUUAGAAUACUUGGGUUUUGUUGAGUUUUGGUGAUUUAGAGAGAGUUUAAGCACAAAUAAAAGUUAAGAAAAGGGAAAACUCCGAAGGUGAAAGCUGCUCACAAGACUCGGACAUGUGAUCUGGAUUAGAGUUCACGGGACACACACACACACACACACACAGACACAGACACAGACACAGCCCUGAUGCUACAGCUGCUCUGAAAGCUUACAAGAAAAAACAGAUGAGCUCUUUAAUAUCCUAGCCUCUGAACAAAUGACUAAGAACUGGACCACUUCAACUGUGUAAGCGACCCCCGUUAAGUGAAAGAUGGUGCACGUCUACAACUGUCACCCCUUUUCCUCACAGCAGAUUGUCCAGGUGGAGCAGGAGCCUGGACUGGUCUGCUGUGGAAGUGGGGCUCUGUUCGUUGUGGCGACUGGAGGAUGCAAGGUGGAUGCGUAUAAUCUGGAGCUGGAGGGCUGUCCUCUCAUCUGUCGUUUCGCUACAAUGGGAACGGUGAAGAGCAUCCGCCACAGCAGCACAGGGGACUAUCUGGUGACCAUAGAAGAAAAGAACGCUGCCACCUACCUCAGAGCCUACACCAACUGGCGCUACCAGGCAGAGGAGAAGGCCAGAGUGGGCGUGCGUUUGCUUGGGCACCUGUUACGUGGCGCGUCCCAGAGGGGUGGAGUCCAGAUGGAGAUCAUUGAGAUCCCGAUGUCCGAGCGGCCGGUGGGUGUGGCCUGUUGCUCGGUAACUGGGGACCUGCUCGUCGCCUGUGAGAACACCCUGGUCCUGUUUAAUCUGAAAAGACAAAACCAACAAAAUGUGGGUCCAAAUCCUCAGAACUCCCAGAGUACAGCUCCGAGCAACCAGCAAACCUCCAGCCAAGGCCAAGGAAGUGUUGCUGCUCUGGACUUCGACCGCUCUGUGAUCCUGCAUCUUUCUGCAAUCAAACCAAAAAAGGUGGCGCUGUGUGCUGGUUACAUCGCUCUGCAGUCUGAGCUGGAGGUGCUGGUGCUUAAACUGGAAGCUUCUAAUGAGCCCACACCAUCAGAAGAAACUCCAGACCAACUCAGAUAUGAUGACGCUGAGGAGCAGACGGAUUUCUUUGUUUUGCCCAGACACCAGGAGCUACUGGGAGACCGAGCUCAGAACUGUGAGAUCCCCGUCACUGUGGAGAAGACGGGGCUGGAGGACAGAGGACAGUACACUGUGUCUUAUGUCCUCUUUAGGCGUUUCACUCCAGAGUUCUUCCAGGGCUGUAAUGUGGAGGAGACUCAGAUCCACUCACUGCAGCUGCAGCCUCUGUUUAUCAGUGAGUCCUGCGUUCCCAGUGGAGAGCCGUCCUGUGUGUUCUGUUUCUUCUCUCUGCCUAAUGCUGGAUACCUGUACAGUCUGAAGGGAGGCGUGGAGCUGCUGUCGAACUAUCAGUAUCCAGAGAAGGUCCUGGAAGCCGUCCUCACCGACCACCUGCUACAUGUGGUCACCAGGAGCGCUUUGCAGUGUUUUACUGUCCGCUGUGCAGCCCUGGGAGCCCGGGUGGAGGACCCGUACAUUGACACCACCAUGAAGGCAUGUCCCCCGUGCAGCCUGGAGUGUGCUCUCAGGAUGCAGUCUUUUAUCGGCCUCAGAUCUGUGUGUGCUUAUGGCAGCCAGGUUGUCCUCCUCUCUAGAGCCGACCCGGAAACACAAGAGGAGCCUGAGCGCCCCCCACAGCGCAGAGGCCUCGAGUUGAAAGAGAACGCCACGCUGGCUGGUAUUUUCAUGGCAGUGGGAAUUGACCCCACAACCUCCCCAGCUCUGGAGAGCCUCCUGUCACGCCCCCUUUUGAGCAGGAAGUGGACCUCAUCCACACCCAAAGAGCCCAGUGCUGUCGGACAUGGCUGGAACAUCUAUGUGGUCAAAUCUGUGCCCCCGAUCGCCCUGUACCAGGAGAUGGUUGAAUACAGCCAAAGCUACUCCGCAGCCAACCCUCAGGCCCAGAGCCUCAGACACCUGCUGAGCGAGGCCCACCUGCUGCUGAGGGCGUCUCUGCUCACCUGCCCUCACCUAGACACGGAGGGGCCAGAGGGAGGGGAGAGGGCGGAGCUAGAGGCCGCACUCCGAGAGAACUGUGCUCAUCUGGGAGACUGUUUUAGCAGGGGUAAUCAGAAGGACUGUCACCUGGCGCUGCCUUAUUACAGAAUGUCCGGUUUGUCCAUCCCAGAGGUUAUGGCCCGAAAUCUGCCGCGUCCAGGCAGCUCCUACGGCCCCGGGUUCCUCUUCUACCUCAAGCAUCACCUCCUGGAGGAGACACAGCAAACUCUCGAACAGGAUGCUGCAGAUGAGGUCAUCGACAUUUUCAGCCAAUCAGAGCCCUCGCAGCUGGUGGGUGUGUGCACCAGCCCCAUCAUGGUCCACAUGAGCCCGGCCCGGACCCUGGCAAUUCUCGGGCUUCUGGAGGAAAGCACGGGCGUUUCAGUCACUCUCACCAUUGCCAUGGCAACAUUAGCCCUGAGACUAGGCGACAGGGGGCAGUACAGGACCCUGAUGGACAGACACUCUGAGAUGUUGCUGGUGUAUGGGUUCAUAGAGGAGCCCCGGCUGCUCUUACAUGGAUCUGGAGGGGCCCAUCAUGCUCUGGUAGAACCCACAGCUCUGGCUUCGGAGCUGGGUCGCUCUCAGCCCGGGCUCCUGGUGGCAGCUCUGGUGGCUCUGCACGAAAACAACAAACUCAAACUGGAGCAGGCCGACCAUGUGUUCAAGGAGCUGGGCUGUGAGAGGUGUCUGCAGGUGGACUUCUGGGAGGGGAUGCUGAUGGCUUCUUCUCAGGAGGCUGUGAUCCAGGAGCUUCUGUUCAGAGUGUCCUCCAUUUACAUCGAGAGACUCACUCACACCAACCCCGACCCCAAACUGCCCCACUCCGGCCUGGGCAAGAGGUCCCUGAAGAGCGCCGAUGACCUGAUCGGCUCCUGUUCCCACUAUGGGGCGCUGUAUCCCUGGCUCACUGUCCUCUGCCCUAUUCAUAUCACCAACUCUCAACACCAGGAGGCGCUGCAAAAACUUCAGUCUCUCCUGUGUGGCCCCUCUCUCUCCAUCCCCUCGGUCGUGCCUCUUCUGGAGCAGAUCUCAGAGGAGACACUGUGGGGCUUCAGCCUGCACCUGCUCUGUGCCACCAGGAGGGGGCACUACAACAGCAGCAUUGAGAAACUGCUGGACCGCUGCCCUCAAGCCAUCAUCGCCUACGCCAACCACCACCUGCAGGACAGACACAUGGCAUUGUGGUGGCAGAAACUUUUGCCAGAGCUUUGUAACCGAACCAGAGCGGCCAUGGACAACAGCAUCCUACUGGCUGCUCUACAAGAGACACUAGUGGUGGUUUCCAUGGAGACAAGUCCGACGGAGUUCCUGGAGCUGAUCCCAGACGAUGGCACGGCGGCGUACUUUGUCCCUCACCUGCUCACCUGCAGCCAGAGGCACCUCACCGCCUGAACUCACCUGCACCCAAAGGACCCUCACCCGAAAUACACUUGCACCCAGAGGCCCCUAAACACAACUGCACCCAAAGGCACCUGUACACACCUGUCACUAGAGGCCUCUCACCUGAGCACAUCUGCACAGAAAGGCCCCGUGAAAUCACCUGCAGCAAGAGGAACCUCACUGCCUGAACUCACCUGCAGCUGGAAGCACAUCACCUGAACACAGACAGACAGAGGCCCUUCAAAUGCUGGAGCACACCUGCACCUAUGGGCCACAUGAACACACCUGCAGCUGGAGGAACCUCACCGCUUGAACUCACCUGCACCCAGAGACCUCAGACUCAGAAUGCAUUUGUCAUUUCAGUAAAUACACGGAAACGAAACUCUGUCCAAAAUAUUGUCAGUGUUAAAUCAGUGCAGACUAACAACCCCCACCCAGCCCAACCCCAGUCUUGACUUCAACACCUGAACACACCUGCAUCCAGAAGCCCCUGUACACAUCUGCACUGAACUCACCUGCUCUAUACACACAUGAACUUUUAUUUUGUGUUCAUGAACCAAGUCAAAUGCAUGUGCUGUUGUAUUUAUUUGCGUUGAAGUCACCAGUGAAUGACAGUGUUACAUAAAACAAUAAAAUGCUAAAAUUCAGAAA